AUGGAGGUAGACCAGGUGGUGCCUUUGCCAAGGUUGCCCCGGGUCGCCGUGUGUGGAGGUACCCAUGGGAACGAGCUGUCCGGCGUGUAUUUGGUGCGAGAGCUGCUGAAGCUGCAGAGAGAAGUUAUGAAGAAAGAGCAAGAGGAGGACUUGAAGCCUGCGUCUGUGCUGCUGGUGCUGUCAAACCCGCGGGCAAUGCAGCAGUGUCGCCGAUACGUGGACACUGAUCUGAACCGCUGCUUCACCCAUGCCACCCUCAAUGGUCCCCUCUCAGACAUGGCCCCCUAUGAGAUCAUCAGGUCCCGAGAGCUGAACGCCCUGCUGGGGCCCAAGGGCAGUCCGGCGGCAGUGGAUCUGGUCUGCGACCUCCACAACACCACUGCCAACAUGGGCCUAUGCUUCAUCGCAUACUCUGACUGUGACUGGAUCUGCCUGCACAUAUUUAGACACCUGCAGAGGGAGAUGCCGGAUACACCAAUGAGAUUCCUACAUUUUGAUGUGUCCAACAAAGAGUCCUAUUCCCUUGAUUCAGUGGGAAAACAUGGCUUUGCCAUGGAGAUUGGCCCUCAGCCCCAUGGUGUGGUGAGGUCUAACAUCUAUACAGCAAUGAAAGUGGGUGUCCAGCACAUGCUCGACUGGGUCCGCCUCUUUAACUCAGGUAACGUGUUUGAGGGAGGAUUUGUGGACGUGUUCACUAUGGUUAAACACAUCGACUACCCGAGAGACAGUGAGACCCGCAAUAUCACAGCAGCCAUUCAUCCUUGUCUCCAGGACCGAGACUUCUGCCUGCUCCACCCUGAAGACCCGCUGUUCCAGACGUUCUCAGGGGAAACAGUGAGGUAUAAAGGCACUGAACCUCUCUAUCCUUUCUUCAUCAAUGAAUGCGCUUACUACGAGAAGGGCAUCGCUCUCUCUCUGGCGAGAAAGAGGCGCGUAACGAUUCCUGCAAUCCGGGUGCAGACGGAGCAGGAGCAACAACCUAAUGAGCAGGGAUUUGCAUCAGAAGAAGAGGAGUGA